UUAGUAUCCUCCCCCCAACUUAUGAUUUUAUAGCCAAUAGGUGAUGAGGUUUAUUUGCAUAUUUCCAAUCACAUAAGCAGCCGUGGAGUGGAAACAGUGUCAGACUCAUUUUCUCCUCCCCCACCUCCUCCUCCUCCGAGGAAACCUGCCGCUUCUAGCUCCCCACCCUCCCCUUUAAAGGGUGACUUGCUCCGCGCCAGACCGCUGCUCCAGCCUGCUGCCGCCUCGGGCUCAGCGGUUCUACCGCUCUGUCCGCGCUCGCGCCCGGUGCCCUGCAUCUCCUACAGAGGGACAUCCCCCGAGAUGGAGAGCAAGGCCCUGCUUCUGCUGGCUCUGAGCGUGUGGCUGCAGAGUCUGACCGUCUCCCACAGAGGGCUGGUCGCCGCCGACAGGAUUACAGGAGGAAAAGAUUUUAGAGACAUUGAAAGUAAAUUUGCUCUCAGGACUCCCGAAGACACAGCUGAGGACACUUGCCACCUCAUUCCUGGAGUGACGGAAUCUGUGGCUAACUGUCACUUCAACCACAGCAGCAAGACCUUUGUGGUGAUCCAUGGCUGGACGGUGACAGGAAUGUAUGAGAGUUGGGUGCCAAAACUUGUGGCUGCCUUAUACAAGAGGGAACCAGACUCCAACGUCAUCGUGGUGGACUGGCUGUCACGGGCCCAGCAGCAUUAUCCAGUGUCUGCAGGGUACACCAAGCUGGUGGGACAGGAUGUGGCCAAGUUUAUGAACUGGAUGGCGGAUGAAUUUAACUAUCCCCUGGGCAAUGUGCAUCUCUUGGGAUACAGCCUUGGGGCCCAUGCUGCUGGUAUUGCAGGAAGUCUGACCAGUAAGAAGGUCAACAGGAUUACCGGCCUAGAUCCAGCUGGACCUAACUUCGAGUAUGCAGAAGCUCCAAGUCGCCUUUCUCCUGAUGACGCGGAUUUUGUAGACGUUUUACACACAUUCACCAGGGGGUCACCUGGCCGAAGUAUCGGAAUCCAGAAACCAGUAGGGCAUGUUGACAUUUACCCUAACGGAGGCACUUUCCAACCAGGAUGUAACAUUGGGGAAGCUCUCCGUGUGAUUGCAGAGAGAGGCCUUGGAGAUGUGGACCAGCUAGUGAAGUGCUCCCACGAGCGUUCCGUUCAUCUCUUCAUUGACUCUCUGUUGAAUGAAGAAAAUCCAAGUAAGGCGUACCGGUGCAAUUCCAAAGAAGCCUUUGAGAAAGGUCUCUGCCUGAGCUGCAGAAAGAACCGUUGCAACAACAUGGGCUACGAGAUCAACAAGGUCAGAGCCAAAAGAAGCAGCAAGAUGUACCUGAAGACUCGUUCUCAGAUGCCUUACAAAGUCUUCCAUUACCAAGUAAAGAUACAUUUUUCUGGAACUGAGAGUAAUACAUACACCAACCAGGCCUUCGAGAUCUCUCUGUAUGGCACUGUGGCUGAGAGCGAGAACAUCCCUUUUACCCUGCCUGAAGUUUCCACAAAUAAGACAUACUCCUUUCUACUUUACACGGAGGUGGAUAUUGGAGAAUUGCUAAUGUUGAAACUCAAAUGGAUUAGCGAUUCCUACUUCAGCUGGUCCAACUGGUGGAGCAGCCCCGGCUUUGAUAUUGGGAAGAUCAGAGUAAAGGCAGGAGAGACUCAAAAAAAGGUGAUCUUCUGUUCCCGGGAGAAAAUGUCUUAUCUGCAGAAAGGAAAGUCACCUGUGAUAUUUGUGAAAUGCCAUGACAAGUCUCUGAAUAGAAAGUCUGGCUGAAACUUGGCAAAGCUACGGAAGAAAGAACAGCAUAUGAAUUCUAUGAAGAAUGAAGUAACUUUUACAAAAGACGCCCAGUGCUUUAGAUGGUGGAAAGUGGAUUUUCCUGAGUAUUAACCCCAGCUCUAGCCUAAUUAGUUAUUUUAAGAUACAGUCUCAAAUACUAAAACUAAUUCAAUUUGAGGUGUAUAGUGCCAAAUAGCACAUCUUCCAACAUUAAGACAAAUAACAGAUAUGAAAAGCACUGCAUUCUGUCCUUGGAGAAAAAAAUGAGUUCUUUAAAAUGGUAAAAUAAUCAGAUCUCUUCAUGUAGUAAGUUUAGCCAUAGCCUAAAAUUGAUUAAAAUCUCAUUUUUAAUUGGUAUUCUGCAUUUUCUAGAUUGAUAACCUUCUCAAAGCUUUCUCCAAGUCUAAAUAUAGAAAGUAGGAUUUUUUGCAGCAUGAGUAGGACCCGUUUACUCAUCAAUCGAAAUCCCUACUUCCUUGGAAUUACUCUCCUCUUGCCAUUGGAAUGUAGUUCAAGGGUGAACCAGGAACUAGUGACUUGGAGAUAGAAAUGAAGAAUAGAGUUGAUAAAACACUGAACCUUUAAAUACCCUCUACAGUUGGUUGCAUCAUAACUAAGUUACAAAUUAAAGGAGAUAUAUAAAGUUGAGAUCAAUUAAAUCUUAAUAAACUUUACAGUUUAUGGUUUAGUAUUUCCCCUUCCUUUUCCUGCUUUGUCUCAAGAUUAUAUUUUAAUAGUUUUUCCCUAGAUAGGCUUUUCAAAUGAGCCUGUUAUCAUCAGCUGAUACAGAAUUUUAACUACAGAGAAAAAAAAAGAUACCGUAAUUUUAUUAUCAGAUUUUCAAAAUUAUAUUCAUUGAAGUCCUUUAAUGUAUGAUAGUUACUGUUUAAUUUUAGGCUUAUUUCAGCCCUGCUUCAGUCAGACUUCGAGCAUGUCUCUUUCUUCCCUAACUACAAUAAGAAAAUAUGUGUUCAAGAUGAAACUUUGCAUCAUGCAAAGUCCUACAAAUUUUAGACAAAGGUUGUUUUUACUAAGUAAAGGAACAGAAAAGUUACAGUCAGUCAUAUAAGUGCUUAAAACCAUUGUGGACAAUGAAAAGGAUCAAUUUCUAUAUCCACGUGAAUUGUCAUGAAAGUUGUUGUUUUUAACAACUAGUCAAGAGUGAGUGAACAUUUAUUUAUAAACUAGAUCUCAUUUUCAGAAUGCUUUUCUAUAUAUUAUUAUAAAAUGAUAGAGAAGUCAAAUAUUUCAGAGGCUAUUACUGGAAAUCCAAACUGUGAAUGCGUGUGGGUGUCUGAACACAUAUUCACGUAUGAAGCCCCACAUAUAUGAUUAUUCCUCAGCAUGGCUUGGAAGGCAAAUGAUGAAGAGGUGCGUUAGAACACAGUGCAGGAGAAAGUGUUCCAGUGGUGCCGGAACACUCCUUCAUCUGAGAGCUACGAUUGUGCCUGUACAAAGUAGAAUGAAUGCUGUGAUUGACAUCAGCCAGUUUGGAAUGAAUUCUCUCUAAAAAUAAAAUGUUGUGCGACUUGUUGUUGGCAUCCCCCUUCAUUGUUAUAAUUCAUUAAUUCUCGGGAUUUGGGUUUUGAGCAAGGGUGCAUCAACUUGAGAAAGUAUAAAUUCAAUCAGUAUAUGGCCUUGGGAACUCUGACUUCUACAGACUUCACUAUAUAUAUAUAUCAGCAAUGCUUUGACUUUCAAUGUUAUUUAUUAGCUGUAAAUAUAUGUGUGUAUGUGUAAAGGGAGAUUGUACAUAUUGCAAAGGUCCCUGUGGCUAUCUGCAUUUAUAGAUGUUUGGUGCUAAUUUUGUACUUGUUUUUAUCAGUGACAGUUUCACUGAGCCAACUUACUCUGAUGAAACAAUACAAUAAAAUGGGCUUUAAAAAAACACAAAACUUACUUGUGUGAAGAAAUGGAAUCUACUUUUAAUAAAACUGACAACAUUUUAUUACAA